UACGCCGCCGCCGAUAAGACCGACAUACAGAAGGCCUGCAGUACGGUGGCACCGUCAGGAGGUGCUGCUGCUGCUGCUUCUGAAGGUAAAUCUUCGGCAGCUUCAAAGAGCGGCAAGAGGAAGAAGAAGAGCAAGAAAGGAAGCGGCAGCGGCAGCGAUGAUGAUGAGGGUGGUGCCGAAACGGUGCUGAAGAAGUCGAAAAAGUCGAAAAAGUCGCCUAAAGGGUCUUCCUCUUCGGCGGCUGGGGCUUCCGACGCUAACUCGAAGAAGAAGAAGAAAAAGAGUGUCACCGAUUCGGGCUCAAAGCCGGCGACCACGAGUGCUAGUGCUGCUGCUGCUGGCACCAAAGACUCGGCCACUGCCACGGCCACUUCAGCAGCUAGUGGUCAGGAGAGCAAGAAAAGUUCCACGGCCACCAGCUCUGCCACUGCUGCUGACGCCUCCGGCUCCGGGUACAAGCUGAACAGCUCCAGUCUGCCGCCGGAGAAGAGCGGAAAGGGUAGCAAAACUAGCAAAACUAGUAAAAGCAAACAAUCGGAGUCGGAGUCGGUCAGCUCAGGAGGCGGCUCCUCGAAGAAGGAGAAGAGCACCAAGGAAUCGGCGGCUGCUUCAAAGAAAACCUCCUCAUCCUCUUCAUCGAGCAGCUCAGGCGGGGGUGCCGAUGCUUCGAAAGCCUCCAAGGGCAAAAGCACCAAGAGCUCUAAAGCUUCCAAAUCAUCUUCUGCCUCUGCUGCUGCUGCUGCCGAAGGAACUUCUGCCUCUUCAACUCCGACCAGCAGAACUGGUCAGAAUGGCUCGUCGGCGGCGGCGGCGUCGCCGGCCAGCAAAUCGAGCAAGUCGAGCAAGGCGCCAAAGGCCAGCUCUGCGGCCGCCAAAACCAAAACAACCGAAGCUGAAGAGGGAAGUGCUUCUGCUGCUGCUGCCAGCGGCUCACAGAGCAAACAAAAGUCAGAGGCGGCGAGUAAGGCCAAAAGCUCCGCUGCUGGUUCUUCUUCAGGGGCAGCAACGGCGGCUGGCUCUUCGGGCACUGAAGGUUCAGCAGCCGCUACUACUUCUGGCGCUUCCAAGGAUGGAAGCUCUGCUGCUGCUGCUGCCAGUGGUGGAACUUCCAAGCCAUCGAGUGGAACUUCCAAGGCGGCCAGCAGUGCUGCAGCCGGCUCCAAAGCGGAGACCACCGGAGCCUCUUCUGAGGGCAAAGAGGAG